AUGGGAGAAGAGGGAGCAGAGGGAGCAGAGGGAGUCGGCGACAUGGUGAUGCCAGUGCCGAACGUGCACAGCGCGGAGCUCGUGAACAUCAUCGAUUUCUGUACCAAAAACCCAACCUCGCGUGAUGGAGCUGAUCUUGGCUGCCGACUUCUGCACGUCGAUCUAUUGCUGGAAGUGCUGAACCAGACAGUGGCGGAUCGAAUCAAGAACAAGAACGUCGAGCAUAUGAGGAAGUUGUUCGGCGUCGAGAGUGAUUACACGCCUGAGGAAGAACAGAAGCUUUGCGAGGAGUAUGCUUGGGCUUUUGAAAGACAUGUCGUUUUCUGA